CUCUAUAAAGCUCAUGAGUCAUAACAUUAGUAGCCCGGAACAAAUGUCCAAUUCCCAUCAAAUUGUUGUAGCAACGCGGAAGAACUAAUCGUAUAAGAAGAAUGUAAUGUGUCUGUGUCAAUGUCAUAUGAAACCGUCCUGCCAUAAUGACAGAAGUGAAGAACUCCAGCGAACAUCCCAAUACCAGCACCGACGACAACUAUGACGAAACUUGUGUUUUCUGUACGAUCGCAAAUGGUGACUGUCCACAGACUAAUAUACUGUUUAUCGACAUUUAUCCAGGUGCAGCUCAUCACUACCUGGUUGUUCCAAAAAAGCAUAUUCACAGUUGUAAAAACCUUGAAGCAGAUGAUAUCAGUCUUGUGAAGAAGAUGGCAGAGAUUGGAAGAAGUGUGUUAAAAUCCAAUAAUGUCACAGAUUUUGAAGAUAUCAGCCUAGGGUUCCAUGUGCCACCAUAUAUCAGCGUCCCCCACCUCCACCUGCAUGUUCUAGCACCUUACAGUCAACUUUAUAUGAAGACGGAAUACAAGUUUACAGACUUAAGUUACAUCACAGUGGAAGCGUUGCUUCAGGCUCUAGAAAUGAUAAAGGGGGGUAGAAAACUCAAAUGGAUUAACUGCUUUCCCAAGUAUAUAUGAAAAGAAUGUAAUCACAAGAAACUUUAGUACAUUGUCGAAAGCGAGUCAGUUUUAUUAUGUUUGUGUAUGAUUUUUUUACUAAAUGGUAUGUUAAAACUGAUUUAAAACUUGACUAUUUAUGAAAUAAUUAUGUAACUGUUUAAAACUAUAAUGUUAAUGUUGUAAUCCCUUAAAUGAGGAUUACAUAUUCUAUCCUGUGCAUUUUUAUCAUACAGUGUUACAUCACGACAUUUUUUGUUAUAUGAAAUGACAGAAAACUGACCAUUACCUUGUAUCUCUAAAAUGUGCAAUUUUAUGCAAUGUUUUGAAACAAAAUAGAUUUUUUUUUAUACAUGGUGCAUAUAUUUUAUCUGUUCCUUAUCAAGCAAAUUGUUCAAAUAAUUUAUUGUGAUUAAUUUACCUGUGACUUACAAUAAAUUAAACUCCUAGUGAUAUACAGUCCUGCUCACCAUUAUUG